UUUUGGCUUUCCCACCCUGCUGAGGAAUUUCUGUCACCUGUGGGUUAAACAUAGAUUUGGUCUUAACUAUGGGAAAUACUCAUAAAAUGUGAAGUUAUUCCAGGAGCAUAAUUAGCCCUUUCAUCAUCAAAACAGCCUUCAUUUAUUAGGUAUUUUAAGUAUUUAGACCUAAAGGGUGCAAAGAGGCACUUUUUAUAUUUUCAGAGAGCUAAAACAAAACAAAUUCUGAUUGUUGAAAAUCCGCAGCAUGCUCAUCCUAUUGCUGCUUUAUGGUCUAGCAAUUUGAGCAACAAAGACUAGCAGCUUCCAAUGUGCCAUUAUCACAAGAAGUCUUGGAACCAAGAGCUAGAGAAAAACAGACUUUGGGAGCUUUCUUGGGAUGAGGCCAUAGGCCCGUCCUGGCAGAUAAUGUUAAAAUUGUGACCUUUAAAGAUAAGGCUUCGUAGUUUUUACCUCCUCUCAAUCUUCCUAUAAAUAAAAGAAGAUGUUUUCUAAGAAAAAUAAAAUAAAACUUACUGAAUCCUUAAAUUCGGUGGUUGUCUUUGGGGAAUUCAAAAUCACCAUGUGGAAGGUAUAUCAGUUUGGAGUGUAGUUUUAGAAUUCUGGCUUUUUAAAAUUAUUUUUUUCUAAAGAUUAUUUUUUAAUAAAAUAUAAUUAUGUGGCAAGAAUUUAAAAAAAUAAAGGAAAAUGACAGUGUUGAAUAGUUACUAAAUUCAGAGUGACCCAAAUUACUACUCUGAUGAUUUUUAUCCCAGGAGCGUCUCUGAUUUCAAGGAGUCCUCAGUCCUAAAACCUGCAGUCCUCACAAACCACCUCCCCGAGAUCCUGGUGGAAGUUGGGAGCCUAAGCGGCGGGAAGCAGGUGGGGCGGAGUCCCAAGGAAACCUGCGCGGAUUGGUUGGGGGGCGGGCCCCGCCAGGGCUACCGAAGUGGAUUGGCAGCUGCUUGGAGGGAACCUGUUCACGGUAAUGGCGGGCAGCCCCGCCGCCGCCCUGGCGACGGGCGAGCGGGAGGUGGCGCCGCCUCUGUGGCCUGUGGAGGCCCGGUUGGCGGCGCUGCUUCCCGACCUGCUGGUCUUCAGGAAGCCCCGGGGAUCGGAACCCGAGCUCGCCACGGCCCAGGGCGUCCUCCUAGGAGUCCACGUGAUGGGGUUUACAGCAUUAAUGGACAGGUUCAGCCUGACGUGCAAGUCGGAACAUGACAUGGACAAACUGGCCCACAUCUUCAGUUAUUACAUUAGUGACAUCGUGGAGCAUGUGCUCUGUUUUGGAGGGGAUAUCCUUAAUAUCACAGGGAAUGUACUCCUGGCACUCUGGACAGUGGAGAAAAAUCAACUGAGUGACAUCAUAACCCUGGUGGCAAAAUGCAGUCUAGAGAUACAGGAGAAAUUUGGGAUCUACCACACCAGAGAAGGCCAAGAUCUGCGGCUAAAGAUAGGUCUAUCUGCAGGUCGGAUAUCCCAAGUUAUUGUUGGAGAUGAGCAACGGCAAUACCUCUUGGUGAUUGGGCGUGAUGUAGAUGGUGUCCAGUUAGCUCAGCGUUUGGCUCAGGCAAAUGAGAUUGUCCUGUCCUGGAACUGCUGGAAGCUCUGUGAGCAGUACAUGUUUGAAGUGGAAAUCAUGAGGGAGGAUGAAGCUGUGAAGUUAAGAGAUAUGCGGAUCAUUAACCCAUUUGAUUUUGAUGAGCAUUUUGAGAAGUGCCUUGAUUAUCUUCCACAUUACCGUACAAGUGUUGACACACUAAGAACUGCCCUGGAAUUGGAUCCAGACUCUGCACUUGAGCGAACACUGCGGAAAUACAUAAUGAAAAACCUUUUGAAGAAGAUUGAUGAAGGCCAACCUAUGGAGUAUGUAUCUGAAUUCCGUACAGUGACUAUGGUUUUGGUGAAUCUUGAGUUCCAUAAGACAGUGUGGAUGUUGCAUUUGUGUCAUCUUAUCCAGGAGGCUGCCUUAUAUAUCUCUACAGUCAUUGAGAAAGGUGGUGGCCAGUUAAGCCGGAUCUUUAUGUUUGAGAAAGGCUGCAUGUUCCUCUGUGUUUUCGGCCUUCCUGGAGAUAAGAAGCCAGAUGAAUGUGCACAUGCCCUGGAGAGCUCCUUCAGCAUCUUCAGCUUCUGCUGGGAGAAUCUUGCUGAGACCAAGCUUGUUUCCAUCAGUAUCACCAAUGGACCAGUAUUCUGUGGCCUGGUUGGGGCAGUAGCAAGACAUGAAUAUACAGUUAUUGGCCCUAAAGUGAGCCUUGUGGCCAGAAUGAUAGCUGCUUAUCCAGGCUUGGUAUCCUGUGAUGAGGUAACAUAUUUAAGGUCCAUGCUUCCUGCUUACAACUUUAAGAAACUGCCAGAGAAAAUAAUGAAAAACAUCUCCAACCCAGGGAGGAUGUAUGAAUAUCUUGGCCAUAGAAGAUGUAUAAUGUUUGGGAAAAGACAUUUGGCCAGAACGAGAAAUGAAAAUCGCCCUUUGUUAGACAGGGAAAAGGAAUUGGAGGCCUUCAGAUUGGCACAGCAGUCAUGUUUGCAACAGAAGAAGGGUCAGGCAGUUCUGUAUGAAGGUGGAAAAGGCUAUGGAAAAAGCCAGAUUUUAGCUGAAAUAAACUUCUUGGCCCAGAAAAAAAGGCAAAGGGUGUUGCCAUUGAAACUGAAGGAAGCAGAUUCCCAGCAGUGCUUCUAUGUUAUCCAGACCCUCAUGGCCAUCUUCUUUGAGAUUGAUACAUGCCCAGCCUAUUAUCGGCAAGAGUGCCUGCACAGACAGCUCCAUGGAAUGGUGGAUGAACCACUUCAUUGCCUUUUUAAUGACCUCUUCUUUGUGAAGUUUCCAUUGUCCUUCAAAGUUUCACACAUGGAUGACCUGGCCAGACAAAAAAAGAUUAAAGAAUGUUUUAUUGAAGUGCUUCAGGAAGCAGUGAGGGAAACACCACUGAUUUUCCUCAUUGACGAGGCCCAGUAUAUGGAUGCAGCUUCCUGGGAGUUUUUGGGAACAUUGCUCUCCAGUGUGCCCAUCAUCAUGGUGAUGACGUUGACCCCUCCUGUCACCCUGUGUGGCUGGGCCCAGCACUUCCUACAGAGUCCUCAGGCUAUCCUUGUGCCCAUUUCAAAGUUGGCAGCAACCUCGCUGUUGAGAAUGGCAUGUUGGGAACUAGGGGUGGUGAGCAUCCCCCAAGAGCUGCAGAUCUACCUUCUGCUCAGGUGCUUUGGAAACCCCCUGUAUUGUGAGAUCCUAUGCCAGGACCUUCUCUCUAAGGACAUAUUGCUUUUUCAUGACCUAGAAAAGGAAGAGGAAGAGAACAGCAAGUGGGAAACCCUCUCAGCCAAUGCCAUAAAAUCUACAAUGUAUAGUAUUUCUCCUGCCAGCUCCAAAGAAGAUCAGGAACUUUAUGUCUGCACAGUCAAAGAUGAUGUAAACUUGGAUACAGUGCUUCUCCCACCACUGUUAAAAGAAAUAGCAGUAAACCAACUGGAUCAACUGAGCCCAGAGGAACAGUUGCUAGUGAAGUGUGCUGCAAUCAUUGGUCACUCCUUCCAUAUAAAUCUGCUGCAUCACCUCCUGCCUGGCUGGGAUAAAAAUAAGCUACUUCAUUUGUUGGGGGCUCUUGUGGAUAUGCAUGUGCUCCGCUGGCUUGAGCUUCCUCCUGAGUCCAUGUUAGUACCUUCCAUUAUUGACAUCAUUGAUCAAACCAAAGAGAAAAAAAAGUCAGACGCUGGCUCAGCCUCUCUUCUCCGGCUGCAAAAAGAACCAUCCCUGUCUCAAACUGAUGUUCUAGAAUUUGGAAUGCCUCUAUUGCGGGAAGCUGCUUGGGAGCUGUGGCCCAAGGAACAACAGAUUGCGCUGCACCUUGAAUGUGCCUGUUUUCUCCAAGAUUUGGCCUGCCGCUGUGGGAGCUGCCAUGGAGGGGACUUUGUCCCCUUCCAUCGUUUUGCAAUCUGUUCUACUAAGCGCUCUGGAGGGACCUUUAGAUUCUGUACUUACAAAGAUACAGGCUCAGUUCUAACACAAGUGACCACAGACAAAUUGCAGCUGCCUUCUCCCCAAGAUAGUUUUAAUUUCCAGGAAAAAACAUUCAGAAGUCAGGAGACCUUCUCAAGUGAACAACACAGCAGAACAGAGGAAGAGUUCCUAGAGCGAGUGAACAGGAAGCUGGCUCAGACCAGCCCCAAGAAAGACCUGUUGACCACAAAGCCCUGCCACUGUGAGGAAAUCCUGAAACUAGUGCUCUCACCACUCACCCAGCACUGCUUGGUUGUUGGAGAAACCAACUGUGCAUUUUAUUACCUGCUGGAGGCUGCUGCUGCCUCCUUGGACCUGUCAGAUAAUUACAUGGCUUUCUUUUAUUUAAGGAAGGCAAGCAGUCUUCUAGGCCAACCCUCAGCAUUCUCGUUCUUGAAAAAGCACAAAGUGAAGAUUUGUCAGUUUGAGGAGGCCACUUUCUGCAGGCUUCGGUCAGAGGUCUGUUUCAACAUGGGACAGAUCACCUUGGCCAAAAAAUUAGCUAGGCAAGCCCUUCGACUGCUGAAAAGGAAUUUCCCUUGGACCUGGAUUGGUGUCUUUUUCCAAACAUUUCUGGAAAAGUAUUGGUAUUCCUGUUACCUGAACCAGUCUCCAAAUAAUCCCAGUGAGAAUAAGAAGAAGCUGGCAGUUCUACAGCAACGGGUACACUGCCUCUCCUUGCUCUGGCAACUCUAUAACCUGGAGGCCACAGCCAAUAGCCGCAGGUUUGCCUGCCUGGCCACUCUCAUGCAGAAAAAUUCAGCUGAGGAGUUUGCAAAUGAAGCCCAGGUUAUCUCUACCUACGUGGACCUCUCCCAGUUCUCCCAGAACAUGGGCGAUAGGGAGAAGUGGCUGCACUGUGAACAGAUAGCCAUUCAGAAGAGUAGCCUGUGUUGGUUCUCCAGGGAAGGAUUAUUGGCUACAGCCCAGCUCAUGCAGGCCUUGGCCUACACCAAGCUUUGCCUUGGCCAUCUUGACUUCUCCAUCAAGCUGGGUUUUCAAGCUCAUGAGAUAUGCAGACAACUCAAGAAACCGGCUCUGGAGAAUCUAGUUCUCUCAGUUCUCUUCAGAUCUACAUUUCUGAAGAAGAAAUAUGAUCUGUGUGUCCAUGUGCUGGAGAGUCAGUGGGCGCUCAUUUCCCAGGGUCAUGAUGUCCUUGGCCUGGCCUGCUUCUACUCUGCUUGCUUAGAUCUGCUGUUGUAUGGAAAAGGAUUGCUGUGUCGGCCCUUUGACGAGUGUCUGUGUUUCAUUCAACACUAUGGGCACAGCUGUGUUCUAACUUCUCAAAGCAAUGUCAUGCUGGGGGUCCAUUCCUCCCUGGCCAUGUGGUUUGCCCGGAACUCACAGUGGGACCUAUUUGAGCAUCACUUCUCCAAGGCUUGCCGAUUGGUGAAAAGAACCAAUGCCUCACUGUUUGGUUCACAUGGCUUUGUGCGAUUCCUAGAGUGCUGUGUGCUGAUGUUACAGAAAAUGCCAGAGGAGGUCUCUGGUCUUUCCCCAGAGACCCCCAGCCAAACCCUCCAGUACUUUAAGGAGUUCUUCUCUCGGUGUGUGACCUGCCCUGUCUAUCAUGAAUGGGUCUCUGAGCUUAAGGCCUCUGUGAUGAGGUGUGGAAAGAAAGAAUCCAUGACCUUGAGUAACUCCAUCAGACCUUUUGAGACCAGCUUGAGCAGGAUUUGGAUAGAGGGAGAAUUCCUAAAGAAAAACAACUGUUAUGAAAAAAAAAUUAGGAAUACAGAAAUUUGACAGUGUGGCUGAUGUCAAGGAGAAUAAGGACACAGAAGAAACUCAAAGAAUAUAUAUGUUAAAACAAAACAAAAAUAACCUGAUGGGACAGGAUUCUCAUAUUGUAUAUAAUGCAAGGAAAUGCCCUGAGUUCUCCGUGUUCACCAUGUGCAUGCUGAAUAGACUAGCCUUCAUAGUCACUGCAGCCUAUGUCUUUGUCAAAAUAAAAGUCUAUGUUUCUAAAGCA